CAAUGCUCAGAGUUCAGUAACCAUGGCAACAGAGGAGGCACCCUCAUCUCUAUCCCCAGAACGACAACACGAGCAACGUCUAUAGCAGUCUAACAGUGCACUGCCCUUAUCAGUAUCCACAGAGCCUAAGCUGCAAUCUCUGCGCUGCAAGCGGUUUAUCCUCUAGUGUCAUCCUUCUUGUAUGCACCAACUAAAGGCACAUUAGUGCUGGCAUUCUUCCCUAGAGUGCUUCGGACACAGACAUAGAUAAUUCCAGGGAGGGAUACUGCAGCACUCAUCAAGGAACCAGCAACCAGGUAAUGAGCUGAAAAUAUAAAACUAUCAUGUCUGAAGUUCAAGGAACAGUAGAGUUUUCAGUGGAGCUUCAUAAGUUUCAUAAUGUGGACCUGUUCCAGAGAGGGUAUUACCAUGUGCGGGCAGCACUGAAGAUCUCUUCAAAGACACCUCACAGACUGACAGCAACACUCGUAGGGCAAACAGAUGAUCCUGGGCCGUACUCUCCCUGUGUGUCAGAAAGUGUUGUAUACAGCAGAGUGUUUCAGAUCCUCUACAGGAGUGAAGACAUCGUGAUCAAUGAUGUUAUGAUAUUCAAAGCCCACUUACUCCUGGAUGGUGAGCAGGUUGAAGACUCACUGAGCGAAGUAGAUUUUCAGUUGAAGUUAGAUCUUCAUUUUACCGACAGUGAACAACAGCUUAAGGACAUUUCCGGAGUACCCAUGAUAAGCAGUCGUACUUUGGGUCUCCAUUUUCACCCAAGAAGAGGUUUACACCAUCAUGUUCCUGUCAUGUUCGACUAUUUCCACUUGUCAGUGAUUUCCGUGACAGUCCAUGCUUCAUUGAUAGCCUUACAUCAACCGCUCCUAAGCUUUGCUCGGCCCAUUAAAGGAUCCUGGUUAGGAAAAAGUAGUCAAGAUUUGGGGACAGAUCCAUCAAGUUUACCGCUAGAAAAUUUGGUGUUUGGGGCUGCAUACUGCAAACCACUUUCUACUGAGGGAACCUGUUAUGUUCCAUCUGAAGAUUGCAUACAACAUGCCUAUAAGUGGCACAAGGAUCUAUGCCAUCUCCUGCUCUCAGCGUAUACUGGACUUUGGUCAUAUUUUAACAACAUAUUAAAAGAAAUACCUGAAUUAUCACAAAUAGAACUAGAGGAGCUGGUGACAGAAACCACAUUAUCGCAACUCUGCAACCAGCUGCAGAUGCUGAACAGUCCAGAGAUCAUAAUAGAGCAGGUACAAAAGGACAUAGCAUGGCUCUGCUCCCAGAUUUUAGUAAUCUGGACCCAGUUUCUAAAAGCUGUGACGCUCCAGUCUAAUGUGACCACCUACCUCAUGCAAGAACACCACACCUUAAGGGUAAGAAGAUUUUCAGAAGCGUUUUUCUACACAGAACAUGAAAAACCAACUGUUGUUACUUUUCAGGAAAACCUGAUUCAAAGCCACAGCAAUUUCUCAACUGAAGUUAGAAGUUCGGAGUACCUUACUAGCAUGCCUCCCCUACCUGUUGAAUGUAUAGAUAUAGAUGGAGACUGGACCUCUCUCCCAAUUAUAUUUGAAGACCGGUAUGUGGAAUGUCCAAGGAAAGAUAUCACCUUGAAUAAUGUAUCAUUGGAAACAAAUGAAAAUGAAUUAGAUUUCGAAAAAGAAAAUGCAACAAAAAAUGUUAAUAUCACACAAAAUUAUAAUUUCAGACAGACUACAACUGUUCAUGAAAAUGUUUCCUUUGAAAAAACAAGCCUUGAAAUGCAAGACAAUACCAGCAGUGACAAACAGUCUUUUAACCAUGAGUUUGAAACAAAAAUUGAAGAUCCUGAAAACACAAGUUUUUAUAAAGUAUAUAGUCCUGUUUCGGAGGAACUAGCACCUAAAAGUGAAUUAUACUCUACGACGGACAGUAAACAGGAUGAUCAUGGUGAAACUAAUGAUACCUGUCAAAAGGCUAACAAAUCAUUAGGUGUUACAUAUAUUGAGGUAAAAGCAAGUACCCAUGACCAGUAUAAGGGAGAAGCAGUAUUGAUUUUGAGUGCUCCACAUGGAAUACUAGCCUCUGUGUCAAAUGAAGAGGAUAAAACACUUCAGACUAGAAGAGCGAUACUAAAUAAUAAAAAUGAUAGUGCAUGUUUUGAACACAUUGCUUUACAUGAUAUAGAUAGCUUCAAAAAUGAGACUGUUUCACUUGAUGGAAGACUAAAUCAAAGUAGACAUAUAUUAUCAAAAAGCAACAGUACUGAGUUAAUCAAUAAAUCUUCAAAAGACACGUUGAUGGUAAAAUAUUUUCCAAAAGAAAGAAGUGAAGAAUUUUCACUUUGUUCUGGAGUUAUUAAGAGAUCGUCAUCUGUCAUAUCAGAUUCAGGCAUAGAAAGCGAGCCAAGUUCAGUGGCUUGGUGUGAUAUACGCAACAGAGCAUUGGAAUUACCAAGCGAUAAUGACAUUCUACAGCAAUUAUCCAGAAAACAUGGAACGUACAAAGGAUCUCUAGAAGGAGUACAUACAGAAAGUAAUACAAGUUUGCCAAGUGGGAUUCAAGCUUCCUUGGCUUCCAUUAACUCUUUGCCUUUUGAAGAUGAAGAAAGAGAAAUAGAACUUUCAAAAUUAACAAAAUCCGUUUCAGCUCCACAAAUUAGCAGUCCAGAGGAAUCUGCGGACGAUGCCACUUUAAUAAAAAAAGAGUCUGAUGAUGAAAUGGGAGUGAAUGAGUUAUUUGGAAGUGAAAAUAAUGAAGGUUCUGAAAACGGAAUUUCAGCAGAGAGUUCUAGCCAAGAAUCAAAAGAAAUUGAUGAAGAGAUAAGAUCCUAUAGCAGUCCAUGUAUGAACAACAUGGCGAUUUAUAAUGAGAAAUCUCCAGUCGAAAUUACAUUUCAGAGUUCAUUAACAAUAUCUGAGAACAAUGUUACAGCCACAUAUACUUUGCCAGAUCACAGUGAUUCUGAAACUGUUUGUGGUCUUUCAACGCUUCCAAAAAAAAACAUUGCUUCUUCUGCGAACUGUCAAAAUUCAGAGUCCUCUUCUGAAUGUGACAAUGUAAUAUCAAAAAUAUUAAUCUCAACAACCAUUCCAUUGCCACCAUUACUAGACACAGAGAUUGCUUUAGGCACCAGUUUAACAAACGUAUCUGAAUGUAAAGAUAAUGAAUUUCCAGUUCUGGAUGAAAUCGAACUCGGUGAUGACACAGUCAGUGGUCAAUGUUUAGAUAAUUAUCCAAAUUAUUAUCAAGAAGUGCACAAAACCAGCCAAAAAGUUGUCAAUAGGGGCUCUGCUGCACUCCCAGAGGCCAACUCUAAUACAUCUGUUCUCACCUUAGAAGGAAGAAGGGGUGUUGAGAUGGUUAAUCUGUCUGUUUCAUGCACAGCUACAUGUUUACCAUUUUCUUCAAUUAAAAAAGAUACUCCGAUGAUACCUGGUUUCUCAUCAAAACAAGCAGUAUUUCCAAUCACAAGACAACCUUUGGGAUCAUUUGGUGUUAUUUCCUUCGAUUCAGAAACUGAUGAAGAGAUCAAUGAAAGAAUGCUCAGUUUUCACCAGGCUAAAGAAAAAUUCAGAAAACAGCUAAAGUUUGAAGGUUUCCUAUACAGUGACCAGUCCAUUCUAGCCUCUGACACACCAUACUUUCCACCAGAGGAAGAACACGAGGAAGACGGAAUACACCUUGUGGUCUGUGUCCAUGGGUUGGACGGUAAUAGUGCUGAUUUACGACUGGUGAAAACAUUUCUCGAACUCAGUCUACCAGGAGCAAAUCUUGACUUCCUCAUGUCUGAAAAAAAUCAGACAGACACAUUUGCGGACUUUGAUGCUAUGACUGACAGAUUAAUUGAUGAAAUAGUCCAACACAUUCAGUUAUACAACCUCUCAAUUUCCAGAAUAAGUUUUAUUGGCCAUUCCUUGGGAAAUAUCAUAAUUCGGUCAGUUCUCACCCGUCCACGAUUCCGGUAUUAUCUCAACAAAUUACACACAUUUCUCUCUCUUUCUGGGCCCCAUCUUGGAACUCUAUAUAGCAACAGUACUUUGGUUAGUACAGGUCUGUGGUUGAUGCAAAAGUUAAAAAAGUCAGGGUCCCUUCUUCAGCUGACAUUGCGAGAUAAUGCUGAUCUAAGGAAAUCAUUCCUGUACCAACUCAGUCAGAAGCCAGGACUUCAAUAUUUUAAAAAUGUGGUUCUGGUUGCAUCACCCCAGGAUCGAUAUGUGCCAUUUCAUUCUGCAAGAAUAGAAAUGUGUAAAAACGCAAUUAAGGACAAACACACAGGUCCAGUUUACACAGAAAUGAUAAAUAAUCUCCUACAACCCGUGAUAGAUUCUAAGGACUGCACCUUGAUACGACACAAUGUUUUUCACGCACUCCCGAACACAGCGAAUACGCUGAUUGGACGCGCAGCGCACAUAGCUGUUCUGGACUCUGAAUUAUUCCUGGAAAAGUUUUUUCUGGUGGCAGGACUCAGCUACUUCAAAUAGCUUGUUUUAUUUGGUUCUUUGGCAGAUGAAUUAACCCUGCAGAAACAAAAAGUUCAGUAUCUGAAAUGGGGCAGACGUAUACGUAAAGAUAUUAUAUAUUGCAUAUAGUAAUUAUAUACAUAUAAUAUAUUUUUAUCAUUUUACUUUGUAAUUCUCUUGCGUUUUGAAACACAAUGAGAUGGAUCUGUUAUUGAUAUUCGCCAAAUCAUUGUAUAGAUACAGUUUGAAGAUGUACUUGACCUUGUUCGGUGUACAUUAUUUUGCAAAUUCAAGCUAUAAGCCUGUGCUUUUCUUUUCCUUUCCAUUCAUUGGAUUUCAAAUAUUCUGCCUGUUUUUCCUACUUAUUGUAUAAGAUAUGCCAAUUCUAUCUCUGUAGUAAAGGUUGUACUUUCUAUUCACUUUUCAACAAUUGAGCCCUGAACAUUCUAGCCAUUUUUAGAUUUAUAUUAGGCAUUCUACCCAGUAUGACUUACUUUAUCCACCAUACUAAUUAAACACCUUAUAAGCUGACACGAUAAGUCUAUCACUGUUGCCCAAAUAUGGAUGGAAUUGAUAAUGCUGACUUGGAAGUGUCAAUUCCAUAUAAGUAUUAUGAUAAUCCAAAGGUGGUUUCUACAUGCCUAGGGUACCACUGUUUUUUGUCAAACCAUUAAAAAAAGGUUUUACACAAAAAUAGGCAACAGCGAAUGACAUACUAGCACCAUAAGCACAACAACAUGCUGAUGUAGCUAUGGUGCUCCGAAUGUCCCUUUAAGUGUGUGUAUAGACCAUUGGAAAGCUAGACUGCAAUAUAUUGCUUUUAUUUCUGGCAUGUUAAAAUUCAGGAUUCAUUUGCAUCCCUGACCUUGUUGUCAUUACAGAAAACAGAAACCGCUGAUGUCUCCUUGCAUUAUUUUGCCUGUCAAGUACCUUGUUCUAUCUCCUCAAACUGAUAAAGCAAAACUUCAAAAUUUAAUGCAAAUAGAUCAUGUAAGCAAACACAUUACACUAUUUAUCAACACAUUAUGCUGCACUGAAUUUGUAUAUUACUAACAACUCGAAAGAUUAAAUAUCAUUCCAUAUCAGAAUGUGAAGGGCCAAAGCUACUUAUUGAAUACAACACUUACUUAUUAUACAUAUAAACAAAGUGAAGCAUCAAAAAAAGAACUCUUCUGUGUGAUAAAACUUAUGAAUAGGAAUACCGUAAUAGUUCUGUUAAUAUCACCAAAUCCAGGAGACUCUGUGAACUUAAAGCACCUCUAAAGUCCCCCAAUCCACCUCAUCUCAAUGAAGACGUCUGAGUGCACUGGUCUUGUCAUGUUAACCCUG